AUGACAAUAAACAAAAGCAAUAAAUUGGUCGUUCUCUACGCCUCACAAACGGGCAAUGCAGAAUGGAUAGCAAAGAGCAUAAAUCAGGAGGCUAUUCAACGUGGUUUCAAGAGUGAAUGCUAUGUAACCGACGACUAUGAGAAGGCAGAUCUGGAACAUACAAAGGUUUUGAUCGUUGUAGCUGCCAACACAGGCGACGGAGAUCCGCCUGAAAAUGCGAUAAAGUUCUUUCGUUACUUUAGAAAAAUCAAAUCAAAGACAUUUUUAUCCCAUUGUCAAUUCGCUAUUCUUGGAUUAGGUGAUACCAAUUAUACUAAUUUUAAUAACACCGCAAAGCGCAUGGAGAAGAAAUUUUUGGAAUUGGGAGGGAGACCGUUCUAUGAGAAAGGAUUGGCUGACGAUGCAUCAGGCUUAGAAGCAGUCGUCGAACCAUGGAUAUCGAACUUGUGGGUAGCAUUAGAGAAAGUGUGUGAACGAACAUCGACUGCAACAACGCAAUCUAUAUCUGCUACUGAUUUCAGCAUAAAAGCAAUGCCAAGAAACAAGGAUACAAACACCAAAGAAGCAACAAUUGAAAACGUAGCCCCCAACAAUAUCGCAAGUACAUCCACAGAUGACACAGGUGCUACCCGUAUAAAUCAUACGGAUGCAUCUACGCCUGCUACGACUGUCACAACAUCCACAAGCGCCAACGCCACAGCACCCAUCAUCAAAGAAAUAACUCUUAACGACAAAGCUGUUAACAAUUUGACAAGCAUGUCUUCAGAUGACACCACCGUUGAUACACGUAUAAAUCAUAAAGAGUCUACAUCCGUUACGACCGUUACAGCAGCUUUAAACGUCACCACCCCAAAGCCCAUCCCGCUUGGCACGCCACUGGCUAUCGAUCUUUCAACGUUGUCGACAAUCACCCAACUAACAGCUAUCCCACGCGUUCCCUCCUCUGUUUGCCGCACAACUUUUCAUUCUAUUCACAAACAUACUCCCAAGUCCUUUCCACCAUCAUUCAUUUCAACACCAUCUCCAAUUUUCAAAGCCUAUCUCUCUGCUGCUACACUUCUCACUGAUCCAGAUGCGGUCAAACGGACACUACAGAUAGAAGUUGAAGUGGACGAAGAAGAAAAAGAGACACUACGAUUUUUGCCGGGGGAUGCUUUUGGAGUCAUAGCGCCCAACGACGAUGGGUUGGUACGUGGUCUGUUGAAUAGGCUCGGAAUUGGUGAAGAUGAAAUGCAUAAAGAAGUCGAGAUACAGAGUGUCGAUGAUGCAAAGAAUGGUGAUCUUCCAAGCCACUUGAAGGAAGCAAAGUCAACAUCGCUAUAUGAACUGUUGACAUAUGGAUUAGAUAUAACGUCAUUAAUACGAAAACCGUUAUUGAGAAUGCUGGCAGAAUAUGCAGUCGACGCCGAAGAGAAAAAGACACUAUUAUUCUUGUGUAGUAAACAAGGUCUUGGCCAGUUCGCAGCCCUCCGUAAUCAAUUACCAACGGUUUUAGACAUUCUCGCUACCUUCCCAUCCUGCCAGCCACCGUUCGACCGCCUUCUCGACGUGCUUCUACCACUCCAACCACGCCAUUAUUCUGCAAUCAAUUCUCUGCUUGCUCAUCCUCGUUCUCUACAUUUUGCUUUCAAUGUAGUUGAGUUUAAAACCGAGUUUAAUGUAAGUAAGCGUGGUGUUUGUACGCCGUGGCUAGAUGAAUUAUCGGGAAAAGUGACAGAAAGAGGUGUUAGAGUUGGAAUUAACAAGAGCAAGGACGAACGAGUGGCUAUAUCACUAUUCCUCAAGCCAAAUACGCACGAGUUUAAUGUACCGUCGGAUUUGAAAAGAGAUAUUAUUAUGAUUGGACCUGGAACGGGUGUUGCACCGUUCUUGGGAUUCCUUCAACAUCGAGAGUGGCAAUUGAAAAUACUUAACGAGACUAUGGAGCACAUUGCUCAUGUAAACAGAAAAGAUGUUAGUGACAAAGAUGCAAGCGAUCACAAUGGGAUAGACGCCAAUGGAAGAGACAAUGAUGAACAUGAUGUUAUCAAUCAAGCUGGAUACAAAACGACUCAGGACAUAUCUUCCUCGUAUGGCGAAAGUUGGUUGUUCUACGGUUGUAGGGAUAAAUCCAAGGACUUUUUAUAUAAAGACGAAAUAGAAGGAUACCUCUCUCGUGGUGUACUAAGUAGAUUAAGUGUGGCUGUAAGUAGGGAGCCUGGAGCAGGAGAAAAUGGAAAACCAAAGUAUGUGCAAGAUUUGGUCAAGAUUCAUGCUAAAGAAGUCUACGAAAUGAUUUACAAGAAAGACGCGGUUGUCUUUGUUUGUGGAGAUGCAAAGGGGAUGGCUAAAGGAAUGAAUGAUACGCUAGCGGCUAUUUUGUCCGAAUACAAUGGCAUCUCGCAUGCUGAUGCACUAAAGCAGUUGCUGAAAUGGACAGACGAGAAGAAAUAUCUUCUUGAUUUGUGGUAA